GAUCAAGGCAGCUGUGGCCUAAGUGAAGUAUGCAAAGAUUGUACCACGUGCUUCCGUCAUGCAGAUUUAAGUAGUGACCGCCCAUCCACAACCCAAUUCAAAGAGAAACUUCCUUGGUUCCUCAGUGCGCUUCCUUCCGCUGAUUGUGCUAAAGGUGGUCAUGGUGCUUAUUCUAGUAGUGUUGAUUUGCAAGGCUAUGAAAAUGGUAUCAUUCAAGCUUCAUCGUUCCGCACUUAUCAUACACCUCUUAACAAGCAGGUUGACUAUGUUAAUUCAAUGAGAGCUGCUCAAGAGUUUAGCGCAAAAGUUUCCCGUUCCUUAAAGAUGGAGAUUUAUCCAUAUUCAGUAUUUUAUAUGUUUUUUGAGCAAUAUCUUGACAUUUGGAAAACUGCAUUAAUCAACCUCUCCAUAGCCAUCGCUGCCGUGUUUGUCGUGUGUUUAAUCAUCACAUGCAGCUUUUGGAGCUCUGCAAUUAUUUUGCUGGUGAUCGCAAUGAUCAUUAUUGAUCUCCUGGGAGUUAUGGCAGUCUUUCAUAUCCAGCUAAACGCAUUGUCGGUUGUAAAUCUAAUCAUGUCCGUGGGCAUAGCGGUAGAGUUUUGUGUACACAUAACUCACGCUUUCUCGAUAAGCUCUGGGGACAGAAACCAACGGAUGAAAGAGGCGCUGGGUGGCAUGGGAGCUUCAGUUUUCAGUGGAAUUACAUUGACUAAGCUAGUUGGGGUGAUUGUGCUCGGUUUCUCAAGAUCAGAAGUCUUUGUGGUCUACUACUUCAAGAUGUAUCUGGCACUAGUCCUACUUGGUUUCUUGCACGGCCUUGUAUUUUUACCAGUGUUCUUGAGCAUGUUUGGUCCAUCACCAAGACACGUACAAGGAGAAAGGCAAGAUCAUAGGCCUUUGGUUUCAUCGCUGCCAUAGUUGAAUUAAAGUUUUUAGAUUUUCUUUUUUUUUUUUUUAAUUUAUAGCCAUCCAUUCGUAGAUGAUUAAAAUUGUUUACCACCCACAGCCACAGGGAUAGCUAAGUUCAAUGCAUAGAAAAAAAAAAUCACACCAAAUGUUCUUCGUUCGGCUGUUGUUACUGUUUCCAUUAUUACCCAUUAAUGAUUUAUAUUUUAUAGUGAUAGUAAAGUAUUAUAACAUCCCUACACU